AGGGAGAUGCUGGAUAGUGAAAUUCUAGUGCCGGGACUCCUCUCGCUUCCGCCGAAUCUCUUGUCGAACUUUGUUGUUUCGUUUUGAAGCUGUUUCAAGUCCAAAGCUUUGCUGUUUAUUUUUUUUCUCCUAGUCCUUCAUUAUUUCACUUUCUCUCACUCUUCCUUGGUUUUAUUUUUUUUAAUUGCACAUUUGACAGUUUUGUGAGCAAAUAAGAAAUCUUGUUAAGGUAAACCCAUAUCGUUGCUUUUUUUCCCCCUCCCAUGGCUGAAGUCUGGGCGUUGAUGGUAGCAUAGCGGCAGAUGGAAGGGUAGCGCGUUCCCAGCCCCAGGUUUGGUAUUGAGCAUUCAUGCUCCACCAGCCCCCCAAGCCACUGGGCUGUUGCUCCGCUCUGGUGCUGGCUGAACCAGGCUGCACAGUGAGUGAGAGAUGGACCGCUUCCUGGGUUUUGUCAAGCAGAUAAGAAGAUCUAGGAGAAGAAAGGGAAAAAAGUACCGACCAGAAGAGGAUUACCACGAGGGCUAUGAGGAUGUCUAUUAUUACGCUUCAGAGCAUUUUCGAAAUGAGAGCCCCUACACUAAAUCCGCCAGCCAGACAAAGCCGCCUGAUGGAGCGUUGGCUGUGAGGAGACAGAGCAUCCCAGAGGAAUUCAAGGGCUCCACCGUGGUCGAACUGAUGAAGAAGGAGGGCACCACCCUUGGGCUGACGGUAUCAGGCGGAAUUGACAAGGACGGCAAGCCCAGAGUCUCGAACCUUCGCCAAGGAGGAAUUGCUGCUAGAAGUGAUCAGCUGGAUGUGGGUGACUACAUCAAAGCAGUGAAUGGGAUCAACCUGGCCAAAUUCCGCCACGAUGAGAUCAUCAGCUUGCUGAAGAAUGUCGGCGAAAGAGUGGUCCUUGAAGUCGAGUAUGAGCUGCCACCGGUCUCUGUUCAAGGAUCAAGUGUUAUUUUCCGAACAGUGGAGGUCACAUUACAUAAAGAAGGCAAUACCUUUGGUUUUGUAAUACGAGGGGGAGCACAUGAUGAUAGAAAUAAAUCUCGUCCAGUUGUAAUAACAUGCGUUCGUCCUGGAGGACCUGCUGACAGAGAGGGCACCAUCAAACCUGGCGACAGGUUGCUCAGUGUGGAUGGAAUUCGGCUUCUCGGAAGCACACAUGCUGAAGCCAUGAGUAUUCUUAAACAGUGUGGACAAGAAGCAACACUGCUGAUAGAAUAUGAUGUCUCAGUGAUGGAUUCUGUGGCAACAGCAUCCGGGCCACUGCUAGUUGAAGUUGCCAAAACUCCUGGUGCCAGCCUUGGGGUUGCCCUAACUACCUCGAUGUGCUGUAACAAACAGGUCAUUGUCAUAGACAAAAUCAAAUCUGCAAGUAUUGCAGACAGAUGUGGUGCCCUGCAUGUGGGAGACCGCAUCCUGUCCAUCGACGGAACGAGCAUGGAGUACUGUACGUUAGCUGAGGCCACCCAGUUCCUGGCAAACACCACCGACCAGGUCAAGCUUGAGAUUCUUCCCCAUCAUCAGACCCGCCUGGCCCUGAAGGGACCUGACCACGUGAAAAUUCAGAGGAGCGACAGGCAACUUACGUGGGAUUCCUGGGCCAGCAACCACUGCAGCCUUCACACCUACCAUCACCCUUAUACGUCCCACCCUGACCAUUGCAGAAUGCCAGCCCUGGCGGGCCCGAAAGCGCCUCCUCCAAACAGCCCUCCAGCUUUGGUGUCCUCCUUCUCUCCUACCUCCAUGAGUGCAUACAGCCUGAGUUCCCUGAACAUGGGGACUUUACCUCGAAGCCUCUACUCUACUAGCCCUCGUGGAACCAUGAUGAGGAGGAGACUGAAAAAGAAAGACUUCAAAAGCUCACUGUCUUUAGCCUCGAGCACAGUGGGCUUGGCUGGGCAGGUUGUUCACACAGAAACCACAGAAGUUGUGCUGACAGCAGAUCCUGUCACAGGAUUUGGGAUCCAGCUGCAGGGCAGUGUGUUUGCCACGGAGACGCUCUCUUCUCCACCUCUGAUUUCCUAUAUUGAAGCUGAUAGCCCAGCAGAGAGAUGUGGGGUGCUACAGAUCGGAGACAGAGUGAUGGCCAUUAAUGGGAUUCCAACUGAAGACAGCACCUUUGAGGAAGCCAACCAGCUGCUCCGAGACUCUUCAAUCACAAGCAAGGUCACACUGGAAAUCGAGUUUGAUGUUGCAGAGUCUGUCAUCCCAAGUAGUGGUUUUCACGUGAAGCUCCCUAAGAAGCACAGUGUGGAGCUCGGAAUAACCAUAAGUUCACCAUCUAGCAGAAAACCAGGAGAUCCCCUUGUCAUAUCAGAUAUCAAGAAAGGAAGUGUGGCGCACAGGACUGGCACCCUGGAACUCGGGGAUAAAUUACUUGCGAUAGAUAACAUCCGGCUGGACAACUGUUCAAUGGAAGAUGCAGUUCAGAUCCUCCAGCAGUGUGAAGACCUGGUGAAGCUCAAAAUCCGCAAAGAUGAAGAUAAUUCGGAUGAGCAAGAAAGUUCCGGAGCAAUUAUUUACACUGUGGAGCUUAAGCGCUAUGGGGGGCCCCUUGGCAUCACAAUUUCAGGAACUGAAGAGCCGUUUGAUCCUAUAAUCAUCUCAAGCCUCACUAAAGGGGGAUUAGCUGAAAGAACCGGCGCGAUCCACAUAGGAGACCGAAUCCUGGCAAUCAAUAGCAGCAGCUUGAAAGGAAAGCCUCUGAGUGAAGCCAUCCAUUUGUUACAGAUGGCAGGAGAGACUGUCACCUUGAAAAUUAAGAAACAGACAGAUGCCCAGUCAGCAUCAAGUCCCAAGAAAUUCCCCAUUGCUAGCCACCUGAGUGACCUGGGAGAUGUGGAGGAGGACGUGUCUCCAGCACAGAAGCCAGGCAAGCUCACCGACACGUACCCCUCCACUGUGCCCAGCGUGGACAGUGCAGUGGACUCGUGGGACAGCUCUGGAAUAGAUUCCAGCUAUGGGACUCAAGGUUCUGGCUUUCAGGCUUCGGGUUACAACUUCAACACUUACGAGUGGAGGGGUCCAAAACAGAGAGGCAGCCUGUCCCCAGUCACUAAGCCGCGAAGCCAGACUUACCCAGACGUGGGGCUGAGUAAUGAAGACUGGGACCGGUCCACAGUCAGUGGUUUUACAGGGGCACCCGACAGUUCGGAGGCUGAACAAGAGGAGAACUUCUGGUCCCAGGCGCUGGAGGAUUUGGAAACCUGUGGACAGUCGGGAAUUCUGAGAGAACUUGAGGCGACAAUCAUGUCGGGGAGCACGAUGAGUUUGAAUCAUGAGGCCCCCACACCUCGCAGUCAGCUGGGGCGACAGGCCAGCUUCCAGGAACGGAGCAGCUCGCGGCCGCAUUACAGCCAGACAACUCGGAGCAACACCCUGCCCUCGGAUGUGGGCAGAAAGUCCGUCACCCUGAGGAAGAUGAAACAGGAAAUCAAGGAGAUCAUGUCUCCAACCCCUGUGGAGCUGCACAAGGUGACCCUGUACAAGAGCUCUGAUAUGGAGGACUUUGGGUUCAGUGUAGCAGACGGCUUGCUGGAGAAAGGAGUGUAUGUCAAAAAUAUUCGCCCAGCUGGGCCAGGAGAUCUCGGUGGCUUAAAGCCCUAUGAUAGACUCUUACAGGUUAAUCAUGUCCGAACGAGAGACUUUGACUGCUGCCUUGUUGUGCCCCUCAUAGCAGAAUCUGGUAAUAAGCUGGACUUGGUUAUUAGUAGAAACCCACUGGCUUCACAGAAGUCUAUAGAACAGACUCUACCAGGAGGAGAAUGGAGUGAACAGAACAGUGCUUUUUUCCAACAGCCUAGUCAUGGUGGUAAUUUGGAGAUACGAGAACCCACUAACACAUUAUAGCAAUGCUUUUUAUAAAGCAGGACAAAAGACAAUAUCUACAUGGUGCUAAAAAAUCCCUUUAAGAUUUCUGUGGCAUUGAAAGCACAGAUAUCACGUGGCAUUAACUGCAAGCACAGGGGUCUUUUAAAUCUCUCUCAUGGCUCAUGUUCACUUCCCCUUUCAAGCUGAAGAUGUUUCUUUCUUGGUGACGGCAAUGGUAUAUGGCAGGCCGUUCCCUGCUGGGCCCAGUGGUAGAGAAAAAGAAAAAUAUAUAGGCCGCCCCUUCCCCCCCCGAUUAACA